UGCCCUGUAGAACAGACAGAGACCCGCAAUGCACACGAUCCUGGAUGGGGCGAGGUGUCGAUCCAAGUGUGGCCCUCGUCCAUUAUAGCUAUGGGAAUUACCAAAGCUUCCUUUCUGAACCAAGCUCUCAUCCCGUACUAUCUGAAAUCGGUCCACCUGGAGACACAGACUAUAAAACACUGCAGUUGAGACUGACGCUGCAUCAGAGCCUGGCUCAGCUUAUCUCCUCCGGUAAGAUGAGGAGGAGAAUGAUGACGAUGAGAAACAUUUAGAGAUGAGAGGUCUUUUUUAGCAGACAACUUUGGCAAGGACGUCUGCUUGAUCCUCAUCAUCUGCGUUUUCUAAAAGACGAUGCCCGCCAUGUGUGUGUCCACAGUGCUCUUAUAUACAAUGGUGGUUGACAUCUCAGCCCGGGUUUUGACCACAACCAGCCCAGCUGACCAGCUCGUCCUCUCUCCUCGCCACUAUCAGCACACUGACCCUGACUCGGGCACCCAGUUGUUCUGUGACAAGUGCCCAGCAGGCACCCAUGUGUCCAUCCACUGCUCCCUCACAGCUGUGAGGGAGUGCAGUCCUUGUCCUGAAGGCACCUUCACACGGGGCGAGAACGGGGUCCAGCAGUGCCAUCGCUGUCGGGCUACAUGUCCUGCAGGCUUUAUUGAGAAAGCACCCUGCACGGCCACCCAGGACCGCAUCUGCACUUGUCCACCCAACAGCUUCUUGUCAGUGGAUAGCGGCACAGAGUGCAAGCCCCACUCACUGUGCCCUCCUGGGACAAGGGUGAAAAAGCGGGGAAGUAAAACAGAGGAUGUGCUCUGUAAACCGUGCACCAAGGGGACUUUUUCAGAUGUGGAGUCCACUGCAGUGAAGUGCCGAAUCCACAGAGACUGCCAAGCUCAGGGGCUGGUGCUGCUCACAUCAGGGACUAGAGAGAUAGAUAAUGUCUGUGGACCACCUCCUACAUCCCUGUCCUCCUCUUCAUUCUCAUCUGUCUCUACAACCACACCGCUGGGGCCUGCACAGUCUGUGCUUGUACAGGAACCCUUAACUUCCUUAUCUUCUCCACUAUUGUCACUGACUGGACCUGCACAUAAAGGCACCUACAGCCAGUCAACAGCCAUUCAACUGAGGAAAAGCCCGGGUGGUGAAGACCACGGUGCAGAGGGGCUGCUCCGUAGCUGGCCUGAGACUCCCACCCCACCCAUCCAUGAUCCUCCUAGGACUCCACCACCCCUAGCUCGCAGGCAACCAAUGGAUUGUGAGCAACAGCAGGGGGAACCCAAUUCUGAAACUGUGCCAGGGCCCAACAGGCAGACAAUGGAGGGUCUGGAGGGUGCAGAAGUAGUCAGAGUUGGGACAGGUAUCAGCAAGGUAGCUGAGCAGGGGAGCGGAGGAGGUGGAGGUGGGGUCUCUGGCUACUACAGGCCCACUCGCAGGGGUUCCCCAAGGCCGAGUACUCAGAAUCAAUUUGACAUAAAUGAACACCUGCCCUGGAUGAUUGUGCUGAUGCUCCUGCUGGUUUUGGUGGUAAUUGUGGUAUGUAGCGUGAAGCGGAGCUCACGGGUGCUGAAGAAAGGUCCAAUGCAGGACCCCAGCAGCAUCAUGGAGAAGGCGAUUCAGAAGAAACCAUCUACGCCUCCAACUCAGGUCAAAGAGAAGUGGAUCUACUAUUCCAAUGGACAGGGGGUGGAUAUCCUGAAGCUGGUGGCAACUCAUGUGGGCAACCAUUGGAUCGACAUUUAUCCGUUGCUGGCUAAUGCCUCAGAGCGUGAGGUGUCAGCAUUCUCCAAUGGCUACUCAUCGGAUCGCGAACGGGCGUAUGCAGCACUGCAGCACUGGACUAUCCGGGACAGCGACGCCAACCUGGCCAAGCUGAUCAAAGCUCUGCACCGACAGCGCCGCAUUGAUGUGGUGGAGAAGAUCCGCUGUGUCAUGGAAGACAACCCACAGUUUGACAUUAACCAGUUGAUGACAUCAGUGAAUGUAAGCCAAAACCUCAGUCCCAUCCAAAAGGCACAGGAGUCUCCCAGCCACGGCAGUGGCAGCAGCAGCAGUGGCAGCAACAGUGGAAGCAACAGUGGUGGUAGCAUUGGUGGGGCCAGUGGUGUAUGUGUGGAGCAGUCGCCGAUAGACCGCACCAAAGGCUUCUUUCCUGACGAAUCUGAGCCUCUGCUGCGCUGUGACUCCACCUCCAGCAAAGACUCCGCCCUAAGCAGGAACGGCUCCUUCAUUACCAAAGAGAAGAAAGACACUGUGCUCCGGCAAGUGCGUCUGGACCCCUGCGACCUGCAGCCCAUCUUUGAUGACAUGCUGCACAUCCUGAACCCAGAGGAGCUACAUGUUAUCGAGGAGAUCCCAGCCGCUGAGGACAAACUGGAUAGGCUGUUUGAAAUUGCUGGAGUCAAGAGUCAGGAGGCCAGCCAGACGCUGCUGGACUCGGUCUACAGCCAUCUCCCUGACCUGUUAUAGUGGAGACAGGACGAAGAAACCACAGAUGAGAAUCAGCACAGGAUUAAAAAAGAAUGUCUAAGUAGGAGGGAUGAGUCAGACCUGGUAUUGUUCAUGUUAAGCUUGGUUUGAUAUUUGAUCUGAUAGAAUCUUGCCCAUUGUGUCAUUUUGAGACAGGAUUUUGACUGGGAGUUGUAGAUAGGUGGCUACUCCCUUCAAUGACUUUCAAAUCUUUACUGGUACUGUGCUCCAAAUCUUCCUCUUCUGUCUUGUGUGUACACACUAUAAUUCCUCCAAAACACCUCCAUACUCUACCAUGAUACAGGAUCAACAAUUAAUGUAAUGAAAGCAUUUUGUUUGUUGCAACGAAGAGUAGUUUUUUUCACUUUUCUUAAACAUGUGCAGCCUUGUUUAAGGUGGUAUUAUGCAAGUAUUGUGACCUUAACAGUAAGGCCUAAGAGCCUCUGAACGUACAAAAAGCUGGAUUGAAAAGUAGCUGAAUAGAUAUUGACUCCAUGGAAAAACAACAUUAAAAAGCACUUUCUUUAUCUUAUCUAGCAAAUGCCUUCAUGUUCAAAGGAUAAUACCUUUGUUUUGUAUUUUUGGUUGUGCCAAUCAUGCAGGCUUCUUUUGCCAUAAACAUGAUUUCAGUGUUUAAAAAUGAAAUUUAAAAUAACAUGGCAGUCAUUAGUAAAUGAUUGCAAGAAAAGAAAUUACAUACAGUCAAUAGUAAAUAAGCUAUAACUCUAAAUGACACUGGUACUAAUCUUUGGUUUUAAGGGGUUUAAGGUUCUUGUAAACCACAUUCACAGAUAUUUGUGUCCAGGUGUGAACUUUUUUCUCCCACCCCCUCCAGCUGCCUGUACCUGAAACACAUCAUCUGUGGGUCUUUGCAUUUUUAUCUAGUAGUCACUCUGCCAGGUAGCAGCAAUAGAUUAGAGAGCUUAGAGAGCUGCCCUGGAACCAAAGCCAUAUAUCAAAAACAUUGGAUUAAAUGUAGAAAUAAUCCAAUAUUACAAUACUAAAGUAAUAUUUACCUUAUCUAAUAUAUAUAUAUAUGGCUUUGCCUUGAACAGUUUGCUUUUGGACAAAGAGGAUCCAAAACAACUGUGACAGUGAAAUUCUGUCACUGUUGGACUCAUGGACAGUAUUUAAUAAAUACUUCUGCAAGUACAUACAUUCAGAUCAGUGCUAGCUAUCCCUGUACACCUCAACAUUAGUAGCAUUGAUAUAGUUUUCUUGAUCUAUUUUGGAGCUUCAUGUCAAUGUGGUUUUAGAUCAGAUGCGAAUAUGUUUCAGUGCUAUAGUAAAAAUAAUAAACUGAUUGAUUUCUUUCAUGCAGUUGUAUGUUGCUACAUGCUCUAUGUAGUUAAAAUUAACAUUUUAUAAUGAUGCACUAACAAUUUUCUAUUGGAGAGGCAGAUAUAUUUUCUGUUUCAAUUUUCUCUUUCUUUAACAUUUACAUUUGUUUUUGAUGUAAUGUUUUCUACAUUUAGUUUGAUUUAUUAUGUUAUUGUAGCAUUUCUUUGUUAGCAUUUUACUUUUUUGUAUCUCAUGUUUUCACGGGCAUUUAGAUGUAUUUCCCCUGCUUGGCAUUACAAGAUGACCUGGCUGGGAUGUAAAAUAUGCAUACUCCAUACUCUACUUGAAGUAUACUUGUGUUACUUGGUUUAAAUGAGGAAGGAAUAAUGUACUCUUUCAUUUCCUUCCAUGUUGAACAUUCUUAAAGUAACAAUAAAACUAAAAAGCUCCACAAAAAACUCAUCAAGGUUCGGAGAUGUUUUUGCAGACUCCAUGAGAGCAGCAAAUGAUUGACUGUUUUCACCAAGCCAGUUACAAGCUACUGUGUUGCUAGAUGUGAACUCUCAUCGGUUAGCCUGUCACAGGGGGACUAACCCCAGACUAACAACUAUUUAAAGUAUUUCAGACUGAGUGAAGAAGAGUGAAGUUUGUGCUGCUGUGGACUGUGGACAAUGAUGGUUAUGAUGAGGAUGUGUGAGCUUGCUCCCCACUGUGCUGUGGAGACUCAAAUGGCAGGGUGUGAGCUUUUUAUUUUCUAAGGAAGUCUGAGGGGAUUAAGGUGAAAUUUGAAAUGCAAAUUUCGCUCAAGUGGAUGAUUUCAUCAAAUUUCACAUGUAUAACAAGUAUGUUUACUACUAUGUAACCUCUUAAAAUCAACAAAUUA